GACCUGACCCGGCCUUUCCGCAGCGCCCCGAGGGCCGGCCGGCGGGAGGACGGGGCUUCUCGCUGUGACGUGCCGAGAGGUCCAGAUGGAGGAGCGCGGAGACGGGAGCUCCGAAUCUUCGGAACCGGGAGGAUUGGGGAUCAUGGAGGCAGAUUGGGCCGAGGUGCCCGAGAAGAGAGCUACGUCUUUCCAGGAUUCUUUCUAUUCCCAAGAGAAGAGCACAGAAAAGGGAGAAGUGGCAGCUCUCCACCUCACAGCCAGAUCCCAGGCAUCCGUGACAUUCAAGGAUGUGGCCAUGGACCUUACCCCCGAGGAGUGGGGGAAGCUGGAUCCUGCACAGAGGGACGUGAUGCUGGAGAACUAUAGGAACCUGGUCUCGCUCUGGCUUCCAGUUUCCAAGCCUGAGAACUACAAUUUGGAGAAUGGAAAGGAAACAUUGAUGCUUGAGAGAAAAGUCCCCAGAAGCAGCUAUUCAGGUCCAUGAAUUUUCACAAGUUGAACACAGCUCCCGAAUCAAGAAACAACCUUUCCAGCACCCCUAGAAAUACCCUGUGCCCUCUUUAAGUCACUGCCCUCCUUCCUAGAGUAACCUUAUCCUAACUUCUAAUACCCAGAUUAGUUUUGAUUUAGUUUUAUAUAAACAGAAUCAUAUUGUAUAUACUCUUGUGCCUGACUUCCUUCACUAAAGAUUACUGUGAGAUACAUUCAUUUUGUAACAUUUAAUUAUAGUUCAUUCUCAUUGUUAUAUAGUCUUUCAUUAUGUCAGUAUACUAGAUUUUUGAGUAGUUCCAGUUUUUAGCUAUAUGAGUAAUGCUGCUUAUGUAUAUUCUCUCUUUUGAUGAGCACAUGUAUGCAUUUCUGUCGGAUAUAUACAUUAAGUAGAAUUGUUGGGUUGGAGGGUAGAUCAUGUUCACUUUUGGUAGAUAUUGUCAAAAGAUCCCCAAAGUACACUGCCAGUGUGGCUCGGUCAGUUAGAGCGUUGUCCCGAGCACCAACUGGUCGCAGGUUCAAUUCCAGUCAGGGCACAUACCCAGGUUGUGGGUUCAAUCAAUGCUUCUCUCUCACAUCAAUGCCUCUCUCUC